AACUUGCACCCAAUGCGUCAGCGUCCCAGUGCAAAGCGGCGCGCAGACUCGCCUGCUGCAGCAGAGGAGCGCGGCAGCGCUGGCGCCGUUCGCGCGCGACCCGAAGCGACCAAGGAUGUCGCGGCCUCAUUGCUGCGGAACCGUGUCGCCAAGGACUUUCUGGCAAGAUUUGCAUUUGUCGGGAUCUUCAUUGUGGAGAAUGUCUUGCACGCCAUCCACUUCGAGUUUGAAGUGGACCAGAUGGUGCUCCCUGCAGUUGCGCCACUCCCAUAUGAGUUCGCCGUGAGUUUGCACCUGGUCCACAUCAUCUUCGGCCUCUUUGGAGCGAUCUUCGUCCUGGUCUCGGGCUUCGAUACAGCGGGACGCACGGCACUGACCAAAGGCACCUCCAUGAUGCUGGUCUUCAUGGCCACCAUUACAUGGACGUGGUGGAUCAACAGGCAGGGCACCUUGUACUGGAACCUGGAUCCCCAUCCCUUUUGGGACAUCCGAUGUUCACCCGAGAAGCGCAAUCGAACGGUGCACAUCUUGAAGAACGUGUCUAUUGUGGGUGCUCUCACCAUUCUGCAGCAGCUGGCCAAAUACGAGUCCCAGGACCUGGGCGGUGCGCCCUCUUUCCUCGAGGGCUUGAUCACUGCCCUGAGGCCCUGGACCUUCCCGGCCAUCCUGGGUCCACAGCUGGUGCUGCUGGCCACCCUACGCUCCGUGCUGCAUGAAGCGCUGCCGGGCUAUACGACGGUCUUCGCUCUGCUGAUCGCCUUGAUUGCCAUCCAAGCAGCUGCCAACUUGGUCAACUCGUACAUGGAUUUCAAAAAGGGCAUCGACAAGUCCGAGACUGCUGGAGACCGCACGCUGGUCGACGGUUUGGUGUCGAUGACCACUCUCAAGGCGUUGGGCGGCCUUUGUCUAGGAUUCUGGUUGGCCUUCUUCUGCUGGUCGCUUGUAGCGACUGACUUCAGCAGCACAGUUCUUGGAUGGGCGACGACUGGCACCCUGUUGGCUGUGGGGUACACAGCGGGCCCUGCGCCCUUGAAGUAUUUGGGCCUGGCAGAUCUGACGGUCCUGAUCUGCUUCGGUCCCGGCGUCAUCUGCUACAGUUCAGCUGUCUUGAUCGGGACCAUACGGCUGGAAGCCCUGAUUUUAACGCUGCCCGCCGCCCUAUAUGUCGUGGCAAUCCUCCAUGCCAACAACUAUCGAGACAUUGAGGUUGACAAGCAGGGAGGUGCCAGGACUGUGGCAGUGCUCCUGGGACCCGAGGCAUCUUUGGUCUACUACAAAGUGCUACUGGCCGCUGCCCAUGUCUUGGCCCUUGUGGCUGGUUGGAUCUACGGGUGCUAUGGUUGCGUGGCCACCAUUUUCGUCUUGCCGCAAUCCCUGUGGCUGUGCUUUCGGAUCCAUCGUCGAAACUUGCUCCGCGACCAAGAUGAAGAGACUGCGAAGACCAUGAUGAUGUUCAGUGUGGCUUCAGCGCUUGGGCUCAUCACCAUGCCUGGACCUGAGAUAUCGAGCCUCAGCAUGGGAGUUUGUGCCCUUGUGGUGUUGGUCUUGAAGGUCUUUGCGGAUUGAGCCUGUCGCGAGAAUUUACCGGUGGCGUGUGUCGCUUUGAAACGCCGGCUGAAACGCUGCGCUUGGACAGAGGCUUUGUUGGAUUGCUUGAAAA